AGCUGCCUACUUAUCAACACCAGGAUUAAAAUUUGCCACAAUUACGGGCCAAACACAGUGCUCCAAAUUUUUCCCUCAUCUCCAUCACUGGUGAUGAGAGGUUCAGCUGAGAGGUGCAUAAAAAUAUUUUAAAAAAGAAUCCUCCACUACUAGAUUAUAGCUAUUGGGGAAGAGAGGAGGGCAGCUGAUAGGGAGAGAGAGGAGCGCAGAGAGAGAGAGAGAGAGAGAGAGAGGCAUAAUUCCACUCACACUGGCCAACCACAGGACAUUCUCUCUCUCCCUCCCUCCUCUUUGCUCAAGCAGAAGCUCCUCCUCAUCUUCUUCCUCCCAUCUCUCCUCAAACUCCUCCGACAUCCAACAAGCAAGAAUUGUGGGGGUAGCGAAGGAAUUGGAGGAGAUCUUGCAUGGAUGCAGCCCACUGGCAGCAGGUAAAUUUUUUCUUGCAAAUCAAAGAUCAAUUUUUUACCACGUGCAUCUAACAAUCCGGGUCAUGCAUCGUCUGUGAGAAUUUGGCCCUUGUUCUUCUCGAUCCUGUUGCUGUUCAUCUUCCUCUCUGUGCCCUUGUUCUUGGUGCGUGCUGCGCUUUAUUUGAUGAGACCAUGAUCUCUCCUGAUCCCUUCCGUUUCUUCUUGGGUCCUGUUCUUCCUUAUAUCCUUCGUGUAGAUCUAUGCACACCAUCAUCAGCAUCUCUCAUCCAUAGGCUUUGGGGGGUAAGGCCUUUGUGGUUUUAAUCCUCUGCUGCCCCUCGACCUUUAAUCCUUGAAAGCAGCACACACACCACCACCUUUCUUUUCCUCCCUUUCUAAUCCCCCUUUCCUCUCUAUCAUCCUUUUUAUCCUCUUUUUUUCUCCAUGACUUUUCUCCUUCUCUCUCCUCGGCUCACCACCCCUUGCAUCAAAAGAGCAGCCAUGUCCUGGUGAUGUGUAGCAGAAGCAGCGGCGGCAGUACUACUGCAACACACAACCCUACAAGAGCACAAGCAAAGAGCCUAGGGCUGGUGAAGCCCAUGGAGGAGAUGCUGAUGGCGGCCAACGCGGGCGCCGCCGCGAACACGAGCCAGGGCUCCAAUCCGAACCCGCCGGCGCCGUCGUCGGCGGCUGGGGGCGGCGCCGCCCUGCGCGCCCCCGCACCGCCGGCCGUGGCGGGCGUGGGUAGCACGGAGCGGCGCGCGCGGCCGCAGAAGGAGAAGGCGCUCAACUGCCCGCGGUGCAACUCCACCAAUACCAAGUUCUGCUACUACAACAACUACAGCCUCCAGCAGCCGCGCUACUUCUGCAAGACGUGCCGCCGCUACUGGACGGAGGGCGGCUCCCUCCGGAACGUGCCCGUCGGCGGCGGCUCGCGGAAGAACAAGCGCUCCACCUCCUCGUCCGCGUCCGCGUCCGCCUCCACCUCCGCCUCGGUCACGAGCUCGUCUAUGGUCACCACAGCGGGGGCGGCGUCCAAGAACCCGAAGCUGGCGCACGAGGGCGCGCAGGACCUCAAUCUGGCGUUCCCGCACCACGGCGGCCUGCACGUGCCCGAGUUCGCGGCGUUCCCGAGCCUGGAGAGCAGCAACGUGUGCAACUCCGGCGGCGCAAUGGCGGGCAACGGCCGGGGCGGCGGCGGCGGCGCAGGGCCCGCGGUAGGCGCUUUCUCGGCCAUGGAACUGCUGCGGAGCUCCGGCUGCUACAUGCCGCUGCAGGUGCCGAUGCCGAUGCCGGGAGACUACGCGGCGGCAGGGUUCGCGCUCGGGGAGUUCCGCGCGCCGCCGCCGCCGCCUCCACCGUCCCAGAGCGUGCUCGGGUUCUCGCUGGACGCGCACGGCCCGGGGCCCGGUGCUGCCGCGGCCGGGUAUGGGUCCAGCGCGGGGUUGCCGGAGAACGCGGGCAGGUUAUUGUUCCCGUUCGAGGACUUGAAGCCGCCGGUCAGUUCUGGAGGCGGCGGCGUGGCCGCCGGUGCAAGCGGUGGCGCCGGCGACGGAAACAGCGGCCAUCAUCAAUUUGACCACAACAAGGAGCAAGGCGGCGGAGGCCCACCCAGUGCUGGGCACGACACGCCGGGAUUCUGGAACGGCAUGAUCGGCGGCAGCGGCGCUUCUUGGUAACGCGGCGGCGCCAUGCAUGGCUCAUGCAGAGGCUCCGUGCGAGCGUGCAUGUGCGACUGGAGACAUAGGCAGGCAUGCAGUAGAGAGAGACAAGGGUUCAAUAAGAGGUUGGCAUUGGUGGUGAUCGCCGUCGUCUCUUUCCUGGCUGGAGUUGGUUCUUGGUGUUCUUGGUCGCGAGUUCAUGUGUGUUUUUGCUGACCAUCGACUUAAUUAUUGGGGCUCUAACACAUCAAAGAGUAUCGUACAAAAUUCAGGGGUCAUGAUACAUAGUAGUAGCAUGAUCGACACGUUCUCUCUCAUUUCCGAUCUUCCACUUGAUCUGCCAUGGUAGCUGCUUCACUGUAGCACUGGGCAAUUGGGAUUUGGGAAGCUUCUUUUUUAGGCUGGCUUCGAGUUAGAUGGUACAUCGUAAUAGUACUAGUACAUUUUGUGUGUGAGAAUGAAUGGCUGAAUGGCACAAGGCCAGUGCGUUCUUCACGCCACACACUGACACGAGGUUUAGUGGAUCAGUGUGUUUGGUUGGUAACAACAGUGCGUGAACUUUAUUUGAAGCUACUGGUUGUAGAAAUAGAUCUUAAUUUCAAGGGGAUUUGCAAGUUUGUAUUAUAUUGUUCCAAAGAAUAUCAGAUGUUUUUUGAACUUGCUACUAUAAUCAUGAUGUGUAGACUCAUAUACACUAGUUUAAUUUCUA